AUGAAAGCUGUCCAAACUCAAAUACGUGUAAUAUUCACAAUUAUCAAAUCAUUCGUUGGGACGGGAAUUAUCUUUUUACCAAGUACUUAUAAAUUUUCUGGGAUAAUUUAUGGAAAUUUAUUAUCUGGAUUGGUAUGUAUACUUGCAAUAGUUACAUUAAAUUACUUAGUGGAAUGUUGCGAAAAUGAUGAAAGUUUAAGUAUAAUCGCAAAACGUACCUGGGGAAAUUUUGGAAUGGCCUUGGUAGAUAUUUCUAUAUUUUUUUCUCAGCUGGGAUUUGCAACUAUCUACAUUAUAUUUAUUACCCACAGUAUCCAAGAAACAGUUCAUGUGGUCUCAAAUUGUCAGGUUGAGUUAUCUAUUUUAGUUUUAAUUGGUAUACAGAUGGUUAUAUACCUUCCAUUUGCAUUUUUUAGGCAUAUUGAGAAUCUGGGAUUUCCAAGUACAUUUGCAAAUUUAUCUGUAUUCUCAGUACUAAUUAUAAUUAUUUACUUCGGAGUAGUUAAUAUAUACAAAAAUCCCAUAGGAAGGCCUUCAAUCUUCUAUGAAGGAAGUAUUUAUGGUGCAGGUUUGGUUUUAGGUACUAGUGCAUUUACAUAUGAGGGAGUUGCAUUAGUAUUACCAAUAAGGAACUCAGUUCCUCAUCAAUUACGUUCAACUUUCCGCAUUGUACUAUCCUGUACUUUGUUAUUCAUAGGACUUUUUUCCAUUAGCUUCUCUAGUUUUAUUUAUUAUUCUUUUGGUGAUGAAAUUUCUUCUCCAGUUACUGGUAAUAUAAUCAAUAUAUACGUAAGACUAAUAUGUUUAUCAGUAUAUUCUAUUGCCAUAACUUUUUCAGUUCCACUCCAACUAUUCCCAGCAAUUGAUAUUGCAGAAUCAUAUAUACUAUUUAGAUAUAAAAAUAGAGAAAUAAGAGGUAACAGAAAUACUGAGGAUAUCUCUGAAGUAAUAAAUUGCAGACAGUUUAUUCAUAGCAGUGAGGAUCAAUUAGAAAUAAAUAGUGAAGAAUCCGAUAAUAAUAAGGGAAUCCAACUUGUUUCUAUCUCCCAUAAAAUAGAUCAUAUUGUAUAUUCUCCAAUUAAUAGUCCAAUAGUCUCUUUAUCAGCUAAAGGGAACGAAUGUAACUGUGAGGAUAUAAGUGGAAAUGAGGCUGAGAUUAGUGCUCAAAAGAAACUAGUAGAUCCUCAAAUUAAAAAGAGAUUUCAAAAUAUCAAAUACAGUUUUAUUAGAGCUUUGAUUGCGUAUAUUAUGAUUCUUUGCUGUGGUUUAAUGGCAUAUAGCUUCGAAGAAGAACUUGCAAAUUUUGUGGCAAUUACUGGUGGUUUGCUAUGUGUACCUCUAGCUUUUGUUUAUCCUCCCCUAUUCUACUAUAAACUUAAUAGAAAGUCUAAUAGUAAUAUUGCAAAUGCGGCUAUCAUCUUCUUAGUAUGUAUUGGGUGUAUAAUAUCCAUUGUAUCAGUUACAAUGGCAAUCCUUACAUGGGAAACUAACCCAAGAACUCUGGUUUGCGUAUAUUAA